UCCACGAUUUGGCCCGCGGCCAGUUGCGCCUUGAGUGUUGUGCCUGUCUAUUCAAUGGGACACUCACCACCACCCCCCUACUCACUAUUCGCCAUUGUUACGCACAUCGGCGAUUCGUCUGGUGCUGGUCACUAUAUCAGUUACGUUCGUCGGAACCAGAACAAAUGGUACCGAUGCGACGACCACCAGGUAUUUCGUAGCCGUCCUUCCUACCUGUUAUUUUAUCAGCUGACUCAGCUACGGUUAAAAUAG